AUGCUUGCCAUCCGUCCAGCGAUCUGUAGAGCGUGCAGGAGGGCCCAGAUCCGCCCUGCGAGAGGGUUUGCGACCGCCAGCGGCCCAAUCCAGCAGCCGCCCCGCGACAACUACGUCAAGCUCGUCGAGGUCGGCCCCCGCGACGGACUGCAGAACGAGAAGAAGACGAUAUCCCUUGCCACCAAGAUCGAAUUGAUCGAGAGGCUCGCCAAGACGGGCGUUUCUACCAUUGAGGGCGGUUCUUUCGUCUCGCCUAAAUGGGUUCCUCAGAUGGCCAAUUCGAACGACAUUCUCGAGCACAUCUUAACACGAAAGAUUUCUUCCCCGUCGCAAACAUCAUACUCCUUCCUCGCCCCGAAUAUCAAAGGAUUGCAGAACGCCCAAGCCCUGCUGGCCAAGUACCCUGGCGCUUUUGCGUCGCAGCUUCAACCAUCAGCAGACAAGACAAAGCCCGCCAUUGAAGUCGCCGUCUUUGCGGCCGCGACCGAGUCUUUUUCCAAGAAGAACCUCAACUGCGACAUCGCGACAUCACUCGACCGUUUCCGCGAGGUUAUUCGCGACGCAAAGGGAGCCGGUCUCCGCGUCCGCGCAUACGUUUCCGUCGUCCUCGGCUGCCCCUUUGAGGGUUAUGAUGUUGACCCGCACAAGGUUGCUGAGAUCUCAACGGAACUAUUGGAGUCGGGCGCCGAUGAGGUUUCGCUGGGAGACACCACUGGCAUGGGCACGGCGCCCCGGACGAAGGAGUUGCUAAACUGCAUGAGGGCUGCGGGUAUCAGGAACGAGGACAUUGCUAUGCAUUUCCAUGACACGUACGGCCAGGCGUUGGUGAACACGGCCGUUUCGCUGGAGCAUGGCAUUCGCACGUUUGACAGCAGUGUUGGUGGACUCGGAGGUUGCCCUUACAGCCCUGGUGCUACUGGCAAUGUGUCCACGGAGAACAUGAUUUACUUUAUCGAGAGUUUGGGCAUGGAGACUGGCAUUGAUCUAGACGCCAUGUCAGAUAUCGGUGCUUGGAUCACAGGCGAGCUGGGCAAGGCCAACGAUAGCACUGUUGGUAAGGCGGUGUUGGGAGCCAGAGCUCGCGAAGCGGCAGCGUGA